AUGAAGAAACCACUUCUAUUCCUAUUUCUAAUUUUAUUAUUCAUUCUGAAAAUCAGAAGUGAAGAUAGCGAUUUCAAUGAUAAUAUUAGAUUGGAAGAAAAAUUGACAGUUGAUCGAGAAUUUUAUGAUCAAUGGAUGCAACUUAUUAGUCUUCAGGUUAGUUCCAAGUUUUUUCUUUGAUCUCGAUGAGAAAAAACUGACAGAUGUUGUUAGUUUAAUCGAAAUUGAUUGGAAAAUGCAAUGAAAAAAAAAACGCAUUUCAAAAGUACACUUUUGUGAGGCUGGGUUGAUUAAUGAGGCUAAACUAGCUUUGGAUUACUGUAGAAUCAAGAUGGAAGCUUAUUGUGAUCAAAACGUCACUUCGGAAGCUCGUAAAAAAUAACUAGGGUUUCCGGGUUUUGAACAAAAAAGGUUCAAAAUAGAGUUCGGAAGAAAAAUUUAACGAGUGUCUGACAAACUUUGGAAUAUUCUGGAGAUCAAGUUUUUCAAAUUUCACAAAAGAAUUUUGUAGUUACUCAAAAAUUCGAAUUUCGAGCCUAGAAAAUCCUUUCAGAACGAACAACUUAUGAACUUAUGAAAAGUUUGAAAAAUCCAAAUUUUGAAAAUUAUGAUUUUCAGUAUAAAUUUUUAGAGUUCUAUUUCUCUCCGGUUAUUUUUGGCACCAUCUGGUACCACCAAAAGAACACAACAAAAUUCAUCAAAUGUGUUGUUGUAUAUAAUCCGCCAAUGUUCCUUCCGUUUUGUUCUCCCGAAAACAAAACACAACAACUCAUUACUUUUCCCUCGUCAUUUCCCAAGAACUUUCAGAACGAACAACUUCUUGAACAACAACUAGAUUAUCCACUAGAUUAUGUGCUGACAGAUCUUUCAACAUGUCCACGACAUCAAGUGACAGCAGCUGAAGAUGCUGACUCAUUGCGUGCCGAACAUUUGCAAAUUUAUGCCGAAAUUGGACAACUCUCCUCAUAUUGUCCGAGCAAUUAUACACUUUUGAAAAAGGGUUAGUUUGUUAGGAGGAAAUCAAGUGACAUAAGGCAAUUAAUUUGUUUCAUUUUAAUUGAAACUUUUCAAAGAUUUCGUCUCAUGUGACUUUUUAAAUUGAAAAUAUUUAGAAACAAUAAAUAAAUAAAUAUGUGGCUGGCGCUAAAAUCGUUCGAAUAAAUUCCUCUAAUGUUUCAAUUGCGAUGUAUCUAAUGAUGCGUGAAAUAAUUACUGUAUACAUUUCAUCUUCUUCUCAUUUCCAAUUUCAAGAAAAAUUGAAGGGAAUGUUAUGAAGAAGAAAAAUGAGGGAACCAAAUUCGUAAUACCUUUUUAAUUAAAAGCUUCAAGCGGUGUCCCAAAAGUAUCGUAAAUCGGCUUAAUUACAUCCAUCCAGUGCUGCCUAAUUAAUUAGUGUAUUUUCAAUAAUAACAAAAAAUGUUAUUUUUAGGAGUACUUGGAUCUUGUCGACAAAGAUCGUCUUCAAUGACACUUCCAUCAAUUCAAAAAAUGUUACAACUUCGAGGAGCAAAUCUGACAACAAUUGAAAGUAAUAGUUUGUUGGAUUCUUUAGCAGAACAAGCUAAAGAUAUUGCACAAACAAUUAAAAAUAUCCCGGGACAGGAAAAUGUUUGGAAAAUGAUAAUGAUAUUGGCAACAAUUCAAGAUGGAACUGCAUCUGAAACUGGACAAACAGCUGUUGAAGUUCUCGCAGCGAUCGAAGAACUUGAAACAUUAUUACCCAGUAAAACAUUUGUGGUUGUUUUGCGAACAUCUGGAAGUGGAAUUUGGAGAGAUGCGAGUCAUCAAUCUCAAGCUUGUCAUGAACAACUUGCGAAAUGGAAGGUUCACAAUAAAUUCAACUAUAAUUCUGUAUGGGAUCAAGUUGAGAAAAUUGUUGACAAAAAUUAUAAAAAGACCACAUUCAAUGUAGAAGUUUUGCCAUUGUUCAAAGAUCCAGCAUUGACUAAUUUGCCAGAAGAGUGAGUGUUUUGGGGAAAACUUGAAAUUUUUCAAACUUGGUCAAUUUUUUGGUGUUAAGGAUUAAAAAAUAUGAAUUUUGGUUCCCAAAAACAUCGUUUUUAAUUUUUAAAAUGAUUUUGAGAUAACCAAGUAAAUAACUUAUAUAAAUUUUCAAAAAAUCUAACCUGUAUCGGAUUCAGAAUGGAUUUGAGUGUCCUCGGAUACGAUUGUGCACAUUUUUCCGAGCGUGGUUUAUCACUUCUUCAUCUUGCUAUUUGGAAUUCGCUCAUAACUCGCAAAAAUGCUCGAAUAUCACAAUUUCGUCCAAAUGCCAGUCCCGUUCUUUGUCCCGAUCCUUCUUGUCCAUUUUUCCGAACUGCCAAAAAUACAGACAUGUGCAUUUGGGUCCCUCAAAUUGUUAGUUGUUUUUUUUCUCAAUUUUAAUUUUCCCACAAAAAUUACCAUAUGUUUUCUAGGAAUUCACAAUUCCUCCGAUUGCCAGCCGGUUGAUUGUUAUUGCUGUUUUGAUAUUGACAGUUAUUCUUGCUUCGAUAAUUCUUUUAUUCGUCUGUCAUUCAAGACGAAUUGCCAAUGAAAAGCGAGGUUUGCCUAGGAAAGCAUUUGGUGCCAGUUUCAGCUCGAUAAAAUUCAUCGACGAAGAUGUCGUUUAG